UCCCCUUUCCACAACCCCCGACACAAGUUUCUCAACCACACGGCCCCUCCCACCUGCUUCCUGCUGCCUCACACACACGCACAAGACUGCAGGACAUUCUUCACCAUCCGUUAUCCUCCCACAACACUGGAACCCUGGAAGCAAUCGAAACUGCUGCUUGACUGAAAUGGAAGCCAACAAUCUCCGUGCAAGAGACAUCCAAAUCACCCUCGACUCGGAACAUCAUUAUGAUACACAAAGCCUAUUCUCAGACAUCGAUGGACGCGACUUGAGGCGCAAAACCAAUCUUAAGUCAGUCGUAUCCUGUGAUUUUGACCACUCGAGUUGGUUCGAUACAUCAGUGGAUGAUGCAAUCGAUGCUUUGUACAAUCCGAAGGCGCCCUUUGCUUAUUCUCGCCAGAAAGUUUGCAACGAUCCGUUUCAGGAUGAAAACACCUUCGACUUCUUGGAUGUUUACUUCGAGGAUGAGUGUACUGAUAUGCAAUCGGAGGAUGGACUAAAUUCCAUAUCCCCUGUUGAAGCCAACUCGUCAUCACCCCAGAAUUGCAAAAGGACACAAUCAGAACAGGCUCAAACGAUCUCCUUGUAUAAGACGGGGCAUUGGAGUGAGGACGAACAUAAUGCAUUCCUGGACGCAUUGGCAAAGUUCGGACCCAAGAAGCCGAACUCGGGUGUCAAGUUGGGCCCAGGGGUUGCAGAGCUCAUCGCCUUGGCCGUCAAGACAAGGAGUGUAUCUCAAGUCCGAUCGCAUGCACAGAAGUACUUCAAGAAGAAUGACGCGUUUGCUUGCGUAGCAAGGCUGCAGCCUCUGGUGGGGACGGCACUUUGAAGGAUGAGGGUGCGAUACAAUCCGUAGCCAAUAACACGUAACACGCUUUUCAGCUUUUUUCUUGAGGAAUCCUGGUUCCUUGCUGUGUAUAAAAGUUCUACAAUAGUUGAUAAAACUAAGAUCAUUCCUGC